AAACACAGAGCCCAGAUACAACAGAAACUGCUUGACUGCACACUUGUCUUUAUUUUUACUAUUUCACUCACCAAAGAAACUACAUGUUACUGUAUGACAUUUGCAGAUCAAGCCGACUCAAAGCCUUCUACCUAAAAAACAGAAACAUAGUGUAAAUCUGCAGUGGGAAAAUGAGUAGCUCAAGAGUUCUUCACCCUCAUCCUGUGGCGAAACCAGACAAACUGUCAGUGAACUCGGGUCAGCACCAGCCUCUUCAUCAGCCAACGAUCAUGGGUCCUCUGAAACUAACGCAGCGAUUUUAUCCACCAAACGACUAUCCACGAAGAGCCAGCCUUUGCUUUGCACAUCUGUCCUCCUCUCCACCCUCGUCAUAUGUUCCUACAAAGCCCCGGAGCUGUUUCCGCAAGUACAGCUUCAACGCGCACAAGAAAUGUGUGGUAUUUGCAGAUGAGGUGGGAAGGGCACUGACUGUUGAGCAUGUAUUUACCCCUGAAUCCCCAUCCUCACCCCCUGCUCCAGCAACAAAUCCCUGUUCACGCCAUUUGGAAGGCCAACAAAAUCCUGCAAACAGAAAUGGAUCGCCCAAGUUUCGCCUGGGUUUCCCUCAGCCUACAAAGGACUCUGACGCAUUUAUUGCUGGCCUGCAAGAAAAAUGUGUACAAAUGAAGAGCUGCAGCAUUUCAGACAACAUAUUGAUAGGUGAAGUGUGUGUUUUCCACAGCUGCCCAAAAAACUCUGUAAAUAUGAAAAUGACUUUUGAUUCAUGGAUCACCUUCAAAGACAUUCCCUGUAAAUUCCUGGAGAAGAGGCGAGUCAAUGGCCUUGAUGUAGAUGUGUUUUUCUUUGAAGCAUGCUUGCCUCAAAUUACAGACAGAAUAGAGUGGAUUGAGUUCUGCUUCACAUCCAGCCCAGGGCUCAGUUCUGUGCUUCACCGGGAUGACAACAGGGGACAGAAUUACAAAGUGCUGAGGGAAAAAGGUGGAUCAUGUCCUGGCAAAGACUAUACAAAGCAGCUUUACCCUUCACUUUCAAAGUACCACCCACCUGUUUAUUCACAGUUUUCUUCUUAUCUCCAAAACUGUGAGAAUCUGACAUACUUACACGGUCAUCUGCUAAGCAGUGGAUUCAGGUCUGCACUCCGCGAACCAUUGUGUUGGAUGGCGUAAAACCUCCAAUAUACUGGAAUGUUAGCACAAAUAUGAUUCUGGAUACAGAAUACCCUGCUGCAAUGUGAAUAAUUUAUUAAAUUAUUAUUUUUUUUUCAACUGAAAAUGAAUGCGUUUGUGUAAAAUCCUAUUAAGAAAUACAUUGAAGAAAUGAGUGUGUGUUAUCUGCAUUGGAUCGGAUUCUUACUGUGUAUCCAUUUGUUGAGUAAGGCAUACCAGACAAAAACAGGUCAGCAAAGCAAAAAGGAUCUUGUGGGAAAACAGUUUAGAUUGAAGAGUAUGUCCCAGACACUCCCUUGGCUUCAACAUUCUUGGAAUUGUUACAUCUUGUACUAUAGAUAACUGGUUUGACAAAUUUGAGACGGUACAUGCUUUCCUUUCGUACAGACUUGUGUUUACGAGAAAGGGUGGAGUCAUUACAAAGCAUCUUAGCAACUACAGUGGGAAAGUUCUUGCUUCUCUAGUUCCAUUUCCACCCAGGUCACACUUUUUUUUUCUUGACUUUUAGUUCCUUCAGGCUGCCACUGUCCUGUUUCAACCUAAGUGAAUGUUUACAAGCUUGUAGUAUCAACUGAAAUUUUGUAUUAGAUCUGUUUACAAUUAUCUGAUCCUUUUCACAUUUUGUCAUUUAAGAGAAAUGAUGCAUGGUCUGUGUAUUUAUUUCCUAAUAAAAAUGUGAAAAGUGAGGCAUAUAUUUUUACUCAGCACAACUGAGACAAUACUUCACGUCUCUCAGCUUUACACAUCUAAAUAAAUGGCCUAUUCUCAUGCAAAAUCCUAUGCAAAAUAGCUUCAGCUCAGAUGUAACAAAGAGAGCGUGAAUAUCUUUUCCAUAAUCUUUUGUAACAUCUCAGUUGUUUUUCUGUAAUUGCUCUAUGUUAAGCUUACUCCUUCUUCCCAUCAACUCUGACCAGCUUCACUGUUACUGCAGAAAAACAUGCAUUCCUACAACAUAAUUUCAUCACCUCCAGGUGCAAUGUCACUUUUCUACCAUAGACUGGUAGGCCAUCCAUCUAUCUAUUCUCAAACACACUUAUCCUUUCAGGGUCAACGGGUGAAAACCCUAGACAGGUUGUCAGUCCAUCACAGGACAACACAGAGACAAAUAUGACAUAAAAUGCGCAAACACAUUCACACUUAAAGAGAAUUUAGAGAUACCAAUUAACCUGACAGUCACGUUUUUGGACUGUGCGAGGAAGCCAGAGUACCCAGAGAGAACCCUCACAAGCACAGGGAGAACAUGAAACCUCCAUGCAGAAAGACUCCAGGCCAGGACUCAAACUCAAAGACCAAUCUUGCUGUAAGGCAACAGUGCUACCAACUGUGCCACUGUGCAGCCCAAACCUGUAGGCCAGAAGUCAGACAGCAGGUGCAGCUGAUCCAGAAUGCUGCUGCUUGCAUUCUCACCAAAACCUGGAAGAUAGAGCACAUCGCCUCAGCUCUAAAUUCCUUCCACUGGAUCCCUGUAGCUCAGAAAGUAGACUUUUAUAAACUAAGAACAGUAUUUUCUUCAUUGAACUGCUUAGCACCACAAUA